AUGGCUGGCUUUCGAAGUGCCCCGGCCGCUGGAAGAGCGACUGCCGACCCGGGCCAGCGAUCUUUACCAAUCCCCUGGACCCUGGCGGCUACGGAUGAGUGCUCUGAUUGGGAGAGGGAGACACACGCGAAGUCGUGGAACUUGGCCAUGUUGAAGGCUCUGAGGCGUUGGUCUCACAACGGCACUGGCCUGAGGACUGGGGGUCAGCAGCCUUCUGGAGAUGGCUCGAGCAUCUGGGCGACGACUCCGGUGCGGAAGUUCUUGCGCUACGUCUUCGACUACCUCAAGAUCCGCACCUUUCUGGACGUGCCUUGCGGGGAUAUGACGUGGAUGCCAGAGGUGGACCUGAGGGGUGUCGAGUAUUUUGGCGGUGAUCUGUCGUCUGCGCUGGUGGCGAGUCAUCUACAGCGAUUUGCUGGAGACAGACGUUUCGCAAACAAGUUCGCUCGGUUUGACAUCACCUGUAUGAUACCACCACGAGUUGACCUGAUCCAUGCCCGAGAUGUCUUCAUGCACAUCGAUACCGACUUGUCACUUCGGGCUAUACGAAAUUUCGAAGGGAGCGGAUCCAAAUACCUCGUGGUUCCACAUUGGCCGUUUUCCGAUGGGUCAUCAAACGAGUAUCACCCGGCUAACUUCGAGCUGGCUUAUCAAAACGUGCACAACCUGAACCCAAAGGCAUCCCAAGUUAUAGGAUAUCACCAUUACAACCUCGAGCUACCUCCCUAUUGCUUCCCGGCACCGCUAUACUGGAUUCGCAAUUCAGCCAUCGCUGAGCGGAAUGGAUGGCUGGGAGUUUGGGCUUUGCCGGCGCUGGGGCGUGGGCAGCACUCCAAGUGCAUAGCCCACACUGCGUGGUUCGACACCAUUUGCCACAGCCGCUUCAACUGUUUCGACACCCAAGAGGAGCGGCGCGACUGCUUGGCCGGAAAUUCCAGAUCAGAAUCCCCAUGUUGUACUGCGUUACAUCUCAUUCAAAGGCUACAUCGCCUGGACACGGGCGCGAUGUGGUUCGUUGAGCCGCAGGAGGUGCAAUCUUUGUGCUCGGAUUUCGUGCGCCUACCGACGGGGUCACUUGUGCUGGAGGAGCAGAUGACAAUGUGCUCGCGGGCUGUGCUGGCCUUGGCUGAGUUUGCUUACGAGACACACGAUGGUGAGGGAACAAAUCUACAGACAAAUGAAUCUUGCUCGACAGUGUCCGUGCAUGCCCGCUACCCUCUUCUAGCCGAGGAGGACCAGGUCCUCUCCGAGCAACACCAGAAGCAACGCGUGCAGUGGUUUGACCGGGCCUACCGCAUUCACACGCACCUGGGUUCUGGUUGGUCAUACCAGCUCAAUGGGAGGAAGUUGUUGAUGUCCCUGGCAAAUCACACUGCAGCCUGCGACGAACUGGAGCAAGGAUGUGCCUUAUUCAACCCAUGGGAGCCAAAGCGAUGCUUUGCUCAUCAUCCCUUGGUGAAGUCAUGGUCCCCGUCCUGCAGCAGGAGGCCUCAGAUCCCAGGAAGGCCUCUCAGGGAAGUGGCAGGUCCGGUCAGGGACUGGCUCGGCCUUCGACAGGACUGCGGUCACAGCGAAAGUGAGGGAAGUCGGUCGAUCCCCCAAAUCCGACCCGACACGUCAGUGACGCGUGCGCUGGAGUGUGCAGGAUUGCCAUGGGGUCCGGUCGCGGGAGAGGACUACUUCGAGACAAUCUCCCUGCUGGCAGCUGUUGAAGAUGCAGUAGACCUCCAUGAGAACACCACUCACAUGCUGAUCGGAGCAGAGGGAUUUAUUAGUCUGGUCGUCUUUAUCAUGAAGCUGAUGCUGGCGAUUCUCGUUCUUGUGAUGGCAGUCAUGAUGGUGAUGUUGAUGUUAGCACUGAUGGUGGCGGAUCUGGACGAGGUCGCCACAGAGUGUUCGAAGGUGCCAGGAGUCGGGAAGGUCCAAACCUUUCCCGUGGACCUUUCCGACCGGGAAGGGGUGGAUUCCCUCGCUUCCUUCGUGGACAGCUGCGGAGGUUGCGAUGUCUUGGUGAACAAUGCUGGCCGGGUGUCGCCGGGAAGUGCUUCAGAGGGCGACGUGGACGACUGGGACAAGAUGAUCUACCUGAACCUGAAUGGAGUGAUGCGACUGACUCGGCGACUGAUCCCGAACAUGGCCGCGAAGAAAUGGGGCGCCCUCAUCAACCUCGGGAGCAUUGCGGCAAUCGAGGGCAUGUCGGGCAGCCAGGCUGCUUAUGCCGCUACGAAGCACGGACUGCGUGGUUGGAAUCACAGCAUCUAUCAAGGUCUGCGACAUGACAACAUCAAAGUUAUGCUGAUCAACCCGGCCUUUGUCAACACGCCCUUGGUCACUGGCAUGGGCAACGACAAGUUGCUGCCAGAACGGAUGAUCCAGCCUGAGGAUGUCGCAGAAGUGUGCCUUCUGCCUUUCAGGAUGUCGCCCGGCUGCGUGCCAUCCGAAGUUACUCUGCGAUUGACGCUGAGCGCUUUCAAGUCCUGA